CGUUUUAUUUCAGUUGUUGCACACGGUGGACAACACACUCGAAACACAGGGCAUAAAAAUACAGAAGAGAGAACCACUCGACGCAGAGAAAGCAACACCAACACCAUGCAGACAAACACCCCGAAAGAAGCCGAACGGUGCACAUCACCGCCAAAUCUGGCAGCAAUUAGCGGCAGCUCUAGCAUGGCAACCCCCACUUCACAGGCGGACUCAGAUGAACCAGCCGUAGAUCCUUACUUCGUGACACUCUUCAAAAACCUUACGCCACCAAAAAAGGUUAACGUUCCCAAAUGUCAGCGGCUAUCAAAGCGGUUCGGAAUUGAUUGGGACAAUUGUGAUGACGAGCAAAAGAAAGUGCUAUCUUUCCUCUUUGAUAGAGGGGUUCACGGAUGUCUGGAGGAAGGCAAGUUUCGGCCGGGGGAAGAUAAGACGGCUGCUGUCGGGGAGAUGCUGCGACAAGCUAUGAACGACAACGAAGAGAUUGGGAGACGUGUGAAGGUCAUGGUGUAUGAGCGCGGCCACAAUUUUUUUUCUAAAGUGCCUGACCAUGUGCAGCACUAUCAAGAUUUUUUGAAUGAGCGCCCGGAGUGGCGCGGAGACCCCGAUGAUCCACAGCAGGAAUCCGAGGACUUUGUCAACUUGCUAGAGGAACCCUAUGGUUUGGAAGUCUUCCAGCAAGUACAAUUGUCCGGUAAUUGUUAUCUUCAUGCUGCGGUGCUUGCGUACCACUAUCUUUGUUGCUGGCACAAGUUGAAUGGUGCGGAAGACCGAAUCAUCGAUAUUCCAAGGUUCAUGAGGCACACAUUUUCAGCAAAGGAUAUCAAGGACCACUUGUUUGACAACGAGGGUGGGCGAAGCGAGAACAUUCUAGUUCGUCUUGCAGGACACAUGGUUACUCCAGAGUCCCCGCUACGCCAUGUCAACAAGGAAGAUUGGCUCCAUAAAUUGAACAGGCGCAAGGUCGAGGAUAUGAAGAUGUACGGGCCGAAAUUGUUUUCUAAUGUUUUGCUCCCGAAGGAUUUCGGACAAGCGCAUUCGUACAAGGGAGACACAUCCACUUUUUUCACCCCCGAGGAACGAAACGAUCCUAAGAUAGACACUGGUCGCCACGCCAUGUUGAUCGUGGGGGUCCGAAAGGAUGAUGCUGGUAAAUGGCUCUUUCUAUUUCAGAAUUCUCACGAGCAAACUCAGUUCUUUGAAGCUGAUUACGAUUGGGUUGUCGAAUCACUGGGAACUCCCUAUUAUCUUCAUUUCGACAGGGGGGACUGGAACUCACCAAGUUUUGAGAACCCGUACUUCAAUACUGAUGACCUUAUGAUUUAUUCACAAGCGUCUCCAGCUGUCGACAAAAGUGUUAGCAGUGAUCAAACGAAGAGCUUCUUCUACUCAGAGGGAACUGAACAUAUCAAGGAGCCUCCAGUGGCUGGUGAGUCCGUCCUGCACUAAUCUGGGGAGCGGACUGGAUAGCAUUGGUGUAUCGUCUCACCUAUGCGAAGAAUGCUUACUAUGUUAAAAAUAUUCUACACCAUUUUCCUGUUCUAGGAUUUCUUGUUUAAGAUUGUCAUACUUUUCCUCGACUAGAUCAUCCGAUAAAUAGCGAGAUUCGAACAGAGGUGGCAGUUCUACCUCAGAAUCUGAGAUGAGGAGACCUCGGAUGUAGUUAUUCCCCCGUUGACUUAGCCGUUUAACGUAGAUCAUUUGCUUAAUGCCACCUUCUUGCCAGAUGUCAUGGAGGACAUUGUCGAUCUCAUCGGGAGGUGACGGGAGGUAAAAUGUUAAAGCCAUUGUGCUCAUAGUUUUACUUGAUGUCAAACUUUAUCAUCCAAAUCAAAUUUAUGACAUGACGACAAAACAGUGGAGUUUCACCAUCUAUUACAAUUACAACUUCAAAGAGAAGGACAGGAAGUCGGUUCGGACGCGGGAUUGGGCUGAAGCACAAAGGGAAAAGACACUGGGUUUCCUAGAGAGGUUAUUCGAAAAUAAGGCCAGGUUCUCCUGUAUCGCCAAGGACCAGGGCGUUAACACCCUCACACUGAGAGGGUAUGUGAAUCUUAAUUCCCCAUGCAAAACGGAUUACAUCAGACGGCUUCUGGGAUUGAAAUUGAAGUUUAGCAACUGCCGACCCUCUUAUUUUGGGGACAUGGUGCAGUUGUGCCGUUUACUGCACAUCGACAGAAACCUUUCGGUCACAGGACGAUUGCCAUGUGGAAACUCGGGCGGAAACAAAAAAUUGAAAUCCUUUACAGGAGACCCGAAGAUUGUAGUUAAGGUCUUGUUGGAAGCUAUGGAUAAGGACAGUUAUAAUAAAUUUAGUUAAAGUUGGAUGGUUCCC